GAGCGUGGUCGGUGGAGGCACACGCUCUCGGUGCCCGGCUGGAGGAAUGUCAUGGUUUCACUUGUGAUUGGCUGGGGAAUGGAGGAGUCAGUUUUCACGGGGGCUGAUCAAAACGUUCCCUUUUGCUUUCCAAAGUUGCUGGCUGAGCAGAGGCAUUGGGAAGAGGAGGCCAGUCGCUCUAACAUUCCUCAGGAAAGCUACUUAAAUGAAAUGAGAAGGAUUCGCUAUCCAAGGAUAUACAGCCAAGAACAGACGCCGAGAAGCUGUGUUCCUUCUUUUCUCCCCCAACUCCUACUGGAGUUGAACAGCUCUCAUUUCUGGCAUGCGUCUCAUCUCUCAGGAUACUAUGUCACAGUAUUCUACUAACUUUCUCUUGCUUCCCAUACCAGAGUAUCCUGUAUUAGAUUGCGUGCCCAACAAAAUCAUCAAGCUCGUGGUACUGGGUGGCAGUAGCGUUGGCAAGACAGCCCUGGUUGUGCGCUUUCUCACAAAGAGAUUUAUUGGAGACUAUGAAGCCAAUACUGGUGCUUUGUAUUCAAGAAAGUUCACCAUAGAUGGGGAACAGAUCUCUCUACAGGUGCAGGAUACGCCCUUUGUUUCAUUGGAGGAUGACACUGACAGCAUAUGCUGCCAAGAGCAGAUAAACCGUUCAAUCUACUGGGCAGAUGGCUUCGUUUUUGUUUACUCCAUCACAGACUACGAGAGCUACCGAGUCAUCCGUCCCCUGCACCAGCACAUACGCAAGAUUCACCCGAACGCUAACAUCCCCCUGCUUCUGAUGGCAAACAAAGGAGACCUCCUGCGAGCCAGGCAGGUGUCCUCCAAAGAAGGACUCCAGCUGGCCAGUGAACUGGGAGGUACUUACUAUGAAGUCUCAGCCCGGGAGAACUGUGAGGGAGUGCACGAAGCCUUCCAGCAGCUUUGCCAGGAGGUCAGCAGGAUAAUCGGGAGCUGCAAUGGAGAGAAACGAAGAGGCCUCCACCUUGUCCGACCCAAGUCUCCAAACAUGCAGGACUUAAAGAGACGUUUGAAACAGGCUCUGACUUCCAAAGGGAAAUCUGCCACUACACUUUGAUAUAGCCAACAGAAAUUGUUUUCCACAGCCCUGAAAAAAAGGCAAGAAAAUAAGCUGGCAAUAAGGGGCAUCGCUGAAAUUGUGUGAGAGGCUCUUUCAUUUUGUCUUUACAUCUUCCUUAAAAAUCCCUUGCUCAUUCAGCAAAGGAACUUGCAGAAUGUGCUCUUUGGGGCAAGAAUUUAGAAACUGUGAUUUAAGAAAUAGAUUGUCCCAAAUUAUUUCCUUCUUGAAAGGGACACAGUCAAAUAGUUUAGGCUUAAAAAUGUAGAUUUUAUUAAUAAAAAUAAUUAAAUCCUACUUUUAAGAAAAGCGGCUUCUCUUGGUAAUGGUUGUAUACCCAAACAUAGGCAAUAAGCUACAGCAAAACGUGAGGAGAGUAACGUGAGCUAUACUGAGCAAGUAAAAUUUACCACAUUUGCUUAGUCACAAGACUGGAAAAUAAAGGCAAAAAGUAAAUGAUGAGCAUAAACAGUGAAAAGUAGUAAUUGAAAGCUUUUAAAUUGCAGUUUAGAAAGCAUUCUUAGCAACUUGCUGAGAGAUUUGUUCAUAUGCAAGCUUUAGCCUUACAGUAUCUCUUUAAAGGAAGAUUUUUCUAUUUUUUGAGAUUAUUUUUCUUUAAAAGCAUAUUGGCCGUUUCUGAAAUGGACAAAAUACAUACUUGUAGCAGCAUUUUGUAGUCAGUUUCUCAAUGGCGUACUUCUAUUUUUUCUGUAGGUUUCCUACGUGUCAAUGAGAGAGGGACAAGUAGAGCAGCGUGGUUUAAAACCUGCAAAAAACUGGACUGUAUUAAUCAAGAGCAAGGAGGUGACCUAAAACUGUUUAACUUUUUUUUUUUCCAAACUAGUUAGAUUUCAAGUUCAAGAUGCUGUUUUAAAAAAACAAGGCCUUCACAUAAAGUAUAUUUAAUUCAUUAGAUUUAUUUUUUUUUUAAGAAGAAAAUGUUUUAUGAUGCCUGAAAUGUCCAGCUUCAGGAAUUCAUAAUUUUGUUAUUUGCCUUAAGACCAGACUUUACUCAAUACCUCGCAAUGCAUCCAAAUCACCAGUCUAUCAGUACAUAUUUCACUGGCAGCAUCUCACUGCACUGUGUCUCAGCAUGUACAGAGGGAUUUGAAGCUGUAUCCCGUGAGCUGGCCUGUUUUAUGGUUGUAAUAACAACAAUGUGAAGCAUCCAUCAUCCUAUUCUCAGUGAGAGUGGAAAGAAACUGGGUUGGACCACGUAAAAGUCAUGAUGCAACAAUCUUUUCUUUAAACAGACCAUAUGAGCAAUUCACAGGACCAUGAAAUGAACUAAAGCUCAAUGAUUUACACUCAGGAACACAGAAAGGAAAACCCUAGUUUGAUGGAUACAGAAAAAUACUGCCAGCUGUGGUUUCAGCUGGCAAUACUGAGCUAAAUCAACCUUUUCCUCAUUAUGAGCAGCAGAAAUGUAAAUUAAGUCUGAUGUGUAUUUAUGUAGCUCAGGGCUCGAAAAUGUAUUUUAUAUUUUUCUUGUCCCUCUAUUAGACAACUCUAGUCAUGAUUUUCCUUAUCACCUGGAUUUGCCUAUCUGCAGUUCACUUUCUGUUUUAUUUAUUGUUUUCCACAGCUGGUCAUCUGACAAUGUCUUGUGUUCUGAUUAGUUUAAAAUUCUUUUAUUCACACAAAAGAACUGCACCUUUUUUAAAAAUUAGUUUCAAGUGUUAGUAGGAGGGGAAAAGGAAAGGCAGGUCAUCCAAACAGGGACUCAAAAAAUAUCAGAGGAUUUCUACUUUAGAAUCACAGAAUGGUUUGGGUUGGAAGGGACCUUAAAGAUCAUCCAGUUCAACCCCCCUGCCCUGGGCAGGGACACCUCCCACCAGCCCAGGUUGCUCCAAGCCCCGUCCAACCUGGCCUUGAACCCCUCCAGGGAUGGGGCAGCCACAGCUUCUCUGGGCAACCUGGGCCAGGGGCUCACCGCCCUCGUGGUGAAGAACUUCUUCCUAACGUCCAGUCUUCUUAUGAUUAAUUAAUAAUGUAUGUGAUUAAUUUGAUGUUUGAGCAGUGCCAUUAUUCAUUGAAGGCACCCUGGUAUGACGUUUAUUUGCACAGAAUUUCAGUAUUUUAAAUUACUAAUAGCAUAGCUCAAAUAUCCAAUCUAUAGAUUCAAUAACAUGAAGUAGAGCAAAAAGUUUGCAAGACACACACAAACUGAAAAUUGUUUACAUUGGAAAAAUGAUCACCAAUUUUGAAUAGCAAUUAAAUAUUUUACUAUCCCAGUACUGUAUAUAACAAGGGCUAAAAUUGCUGAAGACAAUUUGCUGACAACAUUUGUUUUCAUAAGAGCCUAAGACAAUUAGGUGCUCUGGCUUGUUAAAUUUCUUUGUAACUUACUCUUUCAGCUCUAAUCCUUUCUUAUUUGGGAAGACAGUUCAACAAAUCUCAAACCUGUCAAUGUUCUAUUUUCAAUAGUGAUUAAUAAAAACAUGCAAGG